AUGGCGAGUCUUCCCAUAAAGUUUCACGAGCAUUUGCAGUUGUCAAAUGUGGGCAUUCGCCCUCAGACAAUUUGCUUCGCGAAUGUUACGAUGGAAUCCGAUAAGUUUAUCGUUGUUAGGGAAAUGAUCGGAGAAUCUCAACAAGUAGUGAUCAUUGAUUUAUCUGAUCCUGUUAAUCCUCAAAGACGUCCUAUUUCUGCAGAUUCUGUCAUCAUGCACCCUACUGCAAAAAUAAUUGCUCUCAAAUCUGGCAAAACCCUUCAGAUUUUUAAUAUUGAGUUGAAAUCCAAGGUGAAAGCUCAUCAGAACAAUGAAGAAGUUGUGUUCUGGAAAUGGAUUAAUGAGAAAACUAUUGCUUUAGUGAGUGAAUCAGCCGUCUACCAUUGGUCAAUUGAAGGUGAUUCUGCUCCCGUCAAGAUUUUUGAUAGGCAUAUGUCCUUAAAUGGCAGCCAAAUUAUCAACUACAGAGCGGAUAAUGACUGCAAAUGGCUUGUUCUGGUCGGAAUCUCUGCUAGAGAUAAUCGGGUUAUUGGAAGCAUGCAGCUCUACAGUACUGAACGCAAAGUAUCUCAACCAAUCGAAGGACAUGCUGCUUGCUUUGUUCGUUUCAAAUGUGACGGAAACUCACAACCUUCUAACUUGUUCUGUUUCUCUGUAAAGAAUGAAACCGGAGGAAAGUUGCAUAUCAUUGAAGUUGGUCAGCCACCAGCAGGAAAUCAACCUUUUGUAAAAAAAGCCGUCGAUGUUCCAUACACAGCAGAAACUGCUAAUGAUUUCCCAGUCUCCAUGCAGUCUUCUUCGCAACAUGGGAUUGUUUACCUGGUUACCAAGCAUGGAUUUGUACAUUUAUACGAUUUGGAAUCAGGAGCUCGUAUCUAUUCUAACCGUAUUUCCACUGAAACAGUGUUCGUUACCACUGAGUAUCAACAAACUGGUGGAAUAAUGGGAAUCAACAGAAAGGGACAAGUACUAUCUGUCUCGAUCGAUGAGGCUAAUAUGGUUCCGUUUGUCACUCAAACGUUGCAAAAUCCUGACCUAGCUUUGCGUUUAGCUGCUAGAUGUGAUUUACCAGGAGCUGAUGAGUUAUUCAUCCGCAAGUUCAAUCUUCUGUUCGGUAAUAACCAGUUUGGUGAAGCUGCCAAGGUUGCAGCAACUGCCCCUAAGGGCAUUUUGAGAACUGCACAAACUAUCCAAAAGUUCCAACAAUGUCCUGUUAACCCCGGCGGUGGAGCUACUCCUCUUCUCCAGUACUUCGGAAUUCUUUUAGAUCAAGGUAAAUUGAACAAGUACGAAACUCUUGAACUUUGCCGGCCUGUACUCUCUCAGGGAAGAAAAGAGCUAAUCAACAAAUGGUUGAGUGAGCACAAGCUUGAAUGCUGCGAAGAGCUUGGAGAUCUUGUAAGACCACACGAUCCCACAAUUGCUCUUUCGAUCUAUUUGCGAGGAAAUGUUCCUCACAAAGUUGUUCAAUCCUUUGCUGAAACUGGUCAAUUCGAUAAGAUCAUCAUGUAUGCUAAGCGUGUUGGAUUUGAGCCCGACUAUCUCUUCCAAUUGAGACAGAUUCUUCGAUCUGGAAAUCAGGAAGCUGGGGCUAAAUUUGCUCAAAUGCUGGUAUCUGAGUCAGAGAAUGGAGAGCCUUUGGCAGAUUUGAAUCAAAUUAUUGACUGUUUCAUGGAAGUUCAAGCUGUUCAACCCUGCACCUCUUUCCUUCUUGAAGUAUUGAAAGGUGACAAGCCAGAGGAAGGACACCUCCAAACUCGUUUACUUGAGAUGAACUUGUUAGCUCAUCCACAGGUGGCUGACGCUAUCUUGGGUAACAAGAUGUUCAAUCAUUACGAUAGAGCCCAAAUCGGACAAAUGUGCGAAAAAGCUGGACUUCUUCAAAGAGCAUUGGAGCAUUUCACCGAUUUAUACGACAUCAAGAGAACCGUGGUUCAUACUGCUCACUUCCAACUUGACUGGAUCGUCAACUACUUCGGAUCUUUGUCUGUUGAUGACUCUCUUGAGUGCUUGAAGGCUAUGCUAACCCAGAAUAUUCGUCAGAAUCUUCAGGUUGUCGUUCAAAUCGCUUCCAAGUAUCAUGAACAACUCGGAACCGAUAAGCUCAUCGAUAUGUUUGAAACUCACAAGACUUACGAGGGUCUUUUCUACUUCUUGGGAUCUAUCGUAAACUUCAGUCAGGACCCAGAAGUUCACUUCAAAUACAUUCAAGCUGCCACCCGUACUGGUCAAAUCAAGGAGGUUGAACGUAUCUGCCGUGAAUCCAGCUGUUACGAUCCUGAACGUGUUAAGAAUUUCCUUAAGGAAGCUAAACUUACCGAUCAACUGCCACUCAUCAUCGUCUGCGAUCGUCAUGAUAUGGUUCACGAUCUUGUACUUUACUUGUAUAGAAACAGUUUACAAAAGUAUAUUGAAGUUUUCGUACAAAAGGUCAAUGCUGCUCGUCUCCCAAUUGUUGUUGGAGCUCUUCUUGAUGUUGAUUGUAGCGAAGAUGCUAUUAAGCAACUUAUCAUUAACACCCGAGGCAAGUUUGAUAUUGACGAGCUUGUCGCUGAAGUUGAGAAGAGAAACAGAAUGAAGCUCCUCUCUCAUUGGCUCGAGCUUCGUGUUCAAGAUGGAGCUACUGACCCUGCUACUCACAACGCUAUGGCCAAGAUCUACAUUGAUUCUAACAACAACCCUGAUAGAUUCCUCAAAGAAAAUCCUUACUAUGACAGCAAGGUUGUAGGAAAGUAUUGUGAGAAGCGCGAUCCUCAUUUCGCUUUCCUUGCUUAUGAGCGAGGACAAUGUGAUGCUGAACUUAUCAACGUCUGUAAUGAGAACUCUCUCUUCAAGAAUCUAGCCAGAUAUCUUGUCAAGAGAAGAGACUUUGAGUUGUGGGCUCAAGUUCUUAAUGAGGAGAAUCAGCAUAGACGCCAGUUGAUUGACCAAGUUGUUCAAACUGCUUUAUCCGAGACUCAGGAUCCUGAUGAUAUUUCCGCUACUGUUAAGGCCUUCAUGGCAGCUGAUUUGCCUAACGAGCUUAUUGAACUUUUGGAAAAAAUUGUUCUGGACAACUCUGCGUUCUCCGAGCACAGAAACCUCCAGAAUCUUCUUAUCCUCACAGCUAUUAGAGCUGAUCGUUCUCGUGUAAUGGAAUAUAUCCAAAAAUUGGAUAAUUACGAUGCUCCCGAUAUCGCCAAUAUUGCAAUCUCAAGUGAACUUUAUGAGGAAGCUUUCGCCAUUUUCAAGAAAUUUGAUGUUAACAAUAGCGCUAUUAAUGUACUCAUCGAAAACGUUUCUAACCUUGACCGUGCCUAUGAAUUUGCUGAGAAGUGCAAUCAAUCUGAUGUAUGGGCUAGUUUAGCUAAGGCUCAAUUGAGGCAGGAUCUUGUGAAAGAAGCUGUUGACUCCUUCAUCAAGGCUGAUGAUCCAGGAGCUUACAUGGAGGUUGUCGAUAAGUGUUCCCAGACCGGACAUUGGGAAGAUUUGGUUCGUUACCUGCAAAUGGCUAGAAAGAAGUCUAGAGAGUCUUACAUCGAGACUGAGCUUGUUUUCGCUUUAGCUAAGACUGGAAGACUUGCUGAGCUCGAAGAGUUCAUUGCUGGCCCUAACCACGCUCAAGUUUCCCAGAUUGGAGACAGAUGCUUUGACAAUGGAAUGUUUGAAGCUGCAAAGAUUUUGUUCAACAACAUCUCGAACUUCGCCAAGUUGUCUGUUACUCUUGUGAAAUUAGGAGAAUACCAAGGUGCCGUUGAUGCUGCUCGUAAAGCUAACAGCACCAAGACUUGGAAACAAGUCUGUUUCGCCUGUGUUGAAAACUCUGAGUUCCGUCUGGCUCAAAUGUGUGGACUUCAUAUCGUUGUUCAUGCUGACGAGUUGGAAGAGCUUAAUAAUUUCUAUCAAGAUCGGGGUCAUUUCGAGGAGCUCAUCUCUCUGUUAGAAGCUGCUUUGGGACUUGAACGUGCUCAUAUGGGAAUGUUCACCGAGCUAGCUAUUCUUUACAGCAAAUAUAAGCCCGAGAAAAUGCGAGAGCAUCUUGAGCUAUUCUGGAGUCGUGUUAACAUUCCUAAGGUGUUACGCGCUGCAGAGCAAGCUCACUUGUGGGCUGAGUUGGUAUUCUUGUAUGAUAAGUAUGAAGAGUAUGAUAAUGCUGCUCUUACCAUGAUGCAACAUCCAACUGAGGCUUGGAGAGAACAACACUUCAAAGAAGUUAUUGCUAAAGUCGCUAAUGUUGAAUUGUACUACAAAGCCAUGCAAUUCUAUUUGGACUUCAAGCCUUUGUUGAUCAAUGAUUUGCUCAGCGUACUUUCACCAAGACUGGACCAUUCUCGAACUGUUCAAUUCUUCGUCAAGCAGAAUCAUAUUCCUCUUGUCAAGCCAUAUCUUCGUCAGGUUCAGAACCAGAACAACAAAGCCAUCAACGAGGCUCUUAAUCAACUCUUCAUUGAUGAAGAAGAUUAUACUGGUCUUCGUGCUUCAAUUGACGGUCAUGACAAUUUCGACAACAUUUCUUUGGCUCAACAGCUUGAAAAGCAUGCUUUGGUCGAGUUCCGCAGAAUCUCUGCUUACCUCUUCAAGGGUAACAAUCGUUGGAAACAAUCGAUUGAGCUCUGCAAAAGAGACAAGCUUUAUAAGGAUGCCAUGGAAUAUGCCGCUGAAUCUCGCUCAGCAGAGUUGGCUGAAGAGCUCAUCUCUUUCUUCUUGGAAGAAAGACUCUUCGAUUGCUUUGCUGCUUCCCUCCAUCAUUGUUACGACUUGCUCCAUCCUGAUGUUAUCCUUGAGUUGGCCUGGAAACAUAAGAUUAUGGACUUUGCUAUGCCAUACAUGGUUCAAGUUCUUCGUGAUUACCAUACCAGAAUCGAGAGAUUGGAACGAGCUGAUGCAGAACGAAAGGAAGAAGCUAGAGAAAACCAGCAGCAGAAUGGAAUCACCAUGGAACCCCAGCUUAUGUUAACCUAUGGUGCUGGAAUGCCUGCUUACGGAUCAACUCCAGCUGCACCAGGAAUGUAUGGGCAACCAUCCUAUCCUAUCCAACCUCCUUUCCCGGGAUCCAACGGUGGUCCUUACAUGUAA